AUGGAGCGCGCACCGCCCGACGGGCCGCUGAACGCGUCGGGGGCGCUGGCGGGCGAGGCGACGGCAGGCGGGGCGCGCGGCUUCUCUGCCGCCUGGACCGCGGUGCUGGCCGCGCUCAUGGCGCUGCUCAUCGUGGCCACGGUGCUGGGCAACGCGCUGGUCAUGCUCGCCUUCGUGGCCGACUCGAGCCUCCGCACCCAGAACAACUUCUUUCUGCUCAAUCUCGCCAUCUCCGACUUCCUCGUGGGUGCCUUCUGCAUCCCUCUGUAUGUGCCCUAUGUGCUGACCGGCCGCUGGACCUUUGGCCGGGGCCUCUGCAAGCUGUGGCUGGUAGUCGACUACCUACUGUGCACCUCGUCCGUGUUCAACAUCGUGCUCAUCAGCUACGACCGCUUCCUGUCGGUCACCCGAGCUGUGUCGUACCGGGCGCAGCAGGGUGACACGUGGCGGGCGGUGCGGAAGAUGGUGCUGGUGUGGGUGCUGGCCUUCCUGCUGUACGGGCCGGCCAUCCUCAGCUGGGAGCACCUGUCAGGUGGCAGCUCCAUCCCCGAGGGCCACUGCUAUGCCGAGUUCUUCUACAACUGGUACUUCCUCAUCACGGCCUCCACGCUCGAGUUCUUCACACCCUUCCUCAGUGUCACCUUCUUCAACCUCAGCAUCUACCUGAACAUCCAGAGGCGCACGCGCCUGCGGCUGGACAGGGCCCGCGAGGCCGCUGACCCGGAGCCCCUGCCCGAGGCCCCGCGCCCACCGCCCCUGCCACCCGCCGGAUGCUGGAGCUGCUGGCCGAGGGCGCGCGGGGAAGCCCUGCCACUGCACAGGUACGGGGUGGGCCAGGUGGCCCCGGGUGCUGAUGCCAGGGAGGCGGCCCUCGCGGGUGGCAGGGGCAGAGAUGCCCCGGCCUCGCCCACCUCCAGCUCUGGCAGCUCCUCAAGGGGCGCCGAGGGGCCACGCUCGCUCCAGCGGGGCUCCAAGCCGUCAGCGUCCUCAGCGUCCCUGGAGAAGCGCAUGAAUAUGGUGUCCCAGAGCUUCACCCAGCGCUUCCGGUUGUCGCGGGACAAGAAGGUGGCCAAGUCCCUGGCCGUCAUUGUGAGCAUCUUUGGGCUCUGCUGGGCCCCCUACACACUCCUGAUGAUCAUACGGGCCGCCUGCCACGGGCACUGCAUCCCUGACUACUGGUAUGAGACGUCCUUCUGGCUUCUUUGGGCCAACUCAGCCGUCAACCCUGUCCUCUACCCACUGUGCCACUACAGCUUCCGCCGAGCCUUCACCAAGCUGCUCUGCCCCCAGAAGCUCAAGAUCCAGCCCCAUAACUCCCUGGAGCAGUGCUGGAAGUGA